AGAUGAAAACACAGUUGUCUUUACCAGACAGAAAGUAUACUGACAGUGACGACGCACCAAAAGAAGAGGUCACUUACAGGCAGCUUAAAUCAGUGGAAAGGAAACCAGAACUACUUAAUGGUCAUAUACCUGCAGGACACAUUCCUAAACCUAUAGUGAUGCCAGACUACUUAGCGAAAUACCCAGCAAUUCAAACAAAUGAAAUGCGAGACCGGUAUAAAGCAGUGUUCAAUGAUCAGUUUGCUGAGUACAAAGAACUGUCUGUGGAAGUUCAUGCUGUGUUAAAAAAGUUCAGUGAGCUAGAAGCAUUGAUGAGACAACUUCCUCAACAUCCUGGAAGCAUAUAUGAACAGGAAAGGAUAUCAAAAGUUCUGCAAGAAUAUGAGAAGAAGAAAAAUGUGAGUGUUUUCAGCUUUACAUUGCUGAUUAAUCUAAAGAACAAAGUGUAAAUAGGCAGCACUUCUGAUAGAAAUUUGCUACCUUGGGGUAGGCAAAGGUGCUAUUA